GAGGUGGGGGGAACUGACCCCUCCUUCUCCCCCGCCAAUCAGGCCAAUAGCUAGAUGGGAGGUACGUUGUCGGUCUCCGCCCCCGCUAGGGAAACUUGGAGGAGGAGAAAACUUUUGUGCAGAGUCUCAGAGAUCUGGACUGCUGCACAUGCCCUGAGAGAGCAGAGGAAGAUGAACCGCUCCAGGUCCGAACCCCAGCAAAAGCGGAUCCCAAGCGAUCCCAAGGACGCGGGAAGUUCUUACAGCCCCAGCCGCCGGCCUCGAUAGCCAUCCUCCGCCGGACUGCUGGGAGACCAGAGACCAUCUGUGUCCACCUGUGGGAUAGGAUCUUUGCGAGAGCCUACCUGCGUGCGCCCCAGAGCUCAGGGACCUUCACUGUUCCAAGGAGUUAAGAAGGCGGCACAUCCCCUAAUUUGGGCUAAGCCCUCAGAAAUCCAGACCCCGGACAAAGUUCAUUCACCACAUCCUCCUGCACAUCCUGCUCUCCCGUCUUUCUUGAUUCUCCUAAAAUAAAGGCAGGCUGAGCUGAGAUUUAGUCUCGAAAGCAGGCAGGCAGAGGAGACUCGAACCCUCCCUAGGAAAGAAAAGCUUGGCAAAACCACGCUGAGGAGGCAAAAGGCUGUGGAGGCAGAUCAAAGUGUUUCAAAAGGAAUUAAGGGUGCAGAAGAGCCUCUGGUGACACCGCGGUCGCCGCAGACUCUCCCCCUAGGCUCCUUCCCCUCUAGCCAUCAUCAUGUCCCUCCCCGAGGUCAACAACUCUGCCUUUCGCCUGGCAAAUUCGAACGGGUCCAAUCAGUUCUCUACGGUGACAAUUCCAGCGGUGAUGUUCAUCUUCGGCGUGGUGGGCAACCUGAUCGCUAUCGUGGUGUUGUGCAAGUCUAGAAAGGAACAAAAGGAGACGACCUUCUACACAUUGGUGUGCGGGCUGGCAGUCACCGACCUGCUGGGCACAUCGCUGGUCAGCCCGGUCACCAUCGCCACCUACGUGAAGAAAGAGUGGCCCGGGGGCGACGCGUUGUGCGAGUACAGCACCUUCAUCCUCCUCUUCUUCGGCCUUUCUGGCCUCAGCAUCAUCUGCGCCAUGAGUAUCGAACGCUACCUGGCCAUCAACCACGCCUAUUUUUAUAGCCACUACGUGGACAAGAAACUGGCGGGACUCACGCUCUUUGCAAUUUAUGUCUCCAACGUGCUCUUCUGCGCCCUGCCCAGCAUGGGACUCGGGAGCUCCACGCGUCAGUACCCCGAUACCUGGUGCUUCAUAGAUUGGCGCACCAACGUGACCACUCACGCCGCCUUCUCCUACAUGUAUGCUGGCUUCAGCUCCUUCCUCAUCCUCAUCACUGUACUCUGUAACGUGCUGGUGUGCGUGGCGCUCAUUCGCAUGCACCGCCAGUUCGUGCGCCGCACCUCGCUAGGCACUGACAGUCACCACCACGCUGCCGCUGCCGUGGUCUCCGCUGCCUCCUCCAGCCUUGCCUCCUGCUCUGCUGUCCCUCGUCUCAGUGAUUUUCGUAGGCGUAGGAGCUUCCGCAGAAUUGCUGGUGCGGAGAUCCAGAUGGUCAUCUUACUCAUUGCAACCUCGUUGGUGGUGCUCAUCUGCUCCAUCCCUCUCGUGGUGCGUGUCUUUGUGAACCAGCUGUACCAAUCAGAAGAAGAGGAGGAAAAGAAACUUGACCUGGAGGCUAUCAGAAUUGCUUCAGUGAACCCCAUUCUGGACCCUUGGAUUUACAUCCUUCUCCGAAAGACGGUGCUCAGCAAAGCAAUAGAGAAAAUCAAAUGCCUCUUUUGCCGCAUCGGAGGGGGUCACAGGGAGCGGUCAGGGGGUAACUUCAACUGCACAGAAGGCCAUCGGACAUCUGCCAUGUCCAGCCACUCGAGGUCAUUCAUUUCCCGAGAACUGAAAGAGGUCAGCAGCACCUCCCAGACUCUCCUUUAUAUGCCAGAACUCAGUGAAACUGGCACUGGGGGCCGUAAUCUGUUGCCAGGAGCCGGGCCCGGGCUGCCCGCAUCAGACACCACCUCACUGAGGACUAUGCGGAGCUCAGAGACUUCAGACACCUCCCAGGGGCAGGACUCAGAGAGUGUGAUAUUAGUGGAUGAAGUUGGUGGGAACUCUAGGGCAACAGGCCCUGAACAUAAGGGUGGCUCUCUGCAAGUCACUUUCCCUAAUGAAACAUUAAACUUUUCGGAAAAGUGCAUAUAGUGGGUAUAAGACAAAUAAUCAUGCUGUUUCCAGGACCUUAUAAGUAAGGUCCAGUGCACUCAACACAGAAGGAGGGAUUUGGUCAUGCUCUGAUGGGCUACUUUUGUCUUGCCACCUGCUCCAGAGCAGUGAUCUCUGACUGUAGAUCGGGCAUGUCCCCUGGACUCCAGACAUUCUCAGUGCCAUGGCUGGGAUAUGUGUCUGUGACCUAGGACUGCUCCCAGAACUUGAUAUCUGUAAGAGUCCAAUCUUUGCCUCUCUCAAGAUGAUAGAUACUUUACUGUUCCUUUGGCAUCAGGAACUUAAUAUCUAGUACUAAGCAAUGGGUCAGAUUGUAAGAGGCCUCCAUUCAGACAAACUACAAGGACUGUUUGGUAGACAAUUUCGGUGUCUCCCCAAAGCAAGAAAAUGUGAAUUUUUAUUGCUGUAUAUAUCAUGAUUGAAAAUAUUUAAUGCAUUUUCUUCUCCAUGAGAAGGUUUUAUUAUUAAUACAAAGUAUGAUGGAAUAAUGGCAUAGACUUUCCUCCCAAUAUUACCUGCUGAUAUUAUAGAUGCUACAGGUAUAUGAUUGAUUUUUCAUGAGGUAUGUUCAGGCCAAGCUGUGAUUGGUUGACUGUUGAUGAUGGAAACAGUAGAUCUGAAAUUUUAAUGAGAGUUUUUAGUAAUAUCAGAAGGGUAAAGAAAAAAGUAAUAGUCAGGUUAUCAUUUUCAAAUUUUAAAUGCUAAAAGUUCUUUUCAAAGUAUAUAUAAUACAUAUUAAAAGAGAGGGGAAUGUUCAUCCUUCAAAGGAGCUCAUUCUUUUAGGAAAGCUAAAUAUGCCUAUGAAUAUUUUCCCUUUAAAUUCCCACUAGCACAUUGAUUUUAGUAGUGUGCUAUGAAUCUUUAUUUCUUUAAAUGAAUAAAACCCAAACUGAAGUGUGUAAUGUAAAAACAAAUAAAUAAAUAAUUUCAGGUCUCAUUUUUUUCCAUCAAAAUAAAAUGUACAUAUUUUUGCCUAGUUGCAGGGGGGGAAUCUACAAUAUCCAUUAAGCUUUGAGCGGAAAAUGGGUCACAUCAUUUAAGAAAGUCCCUAUUUGCCAGAUGUGGACAGAUGGAAGUAUUUAGUCUUCCACAGGGCAGUCAUGAAAGUGUACCUCUAUAAGGAAUGUAGAAUGGGUUCUUUCAGGGUCUCCUUAUAAUAGCUUAUUGUAUCAUACAUUAAUCUUGUACAGAAACUUGGAGGAGCCUUUUUCAAAGAAAUAUUAAGCAUGUUCUGUUGCCUAAUGUGUUUUGUGAAUUGCUUUAUUGUAAUUAAAUUCUGAGCCUGUUAUUGGUACUGUUUGAGAAGUUGCUGUACCUAGUCAAAUUAUUUUGGCAAUCACAAUAAAAAAGAACAUUCAGUCAGAUAUGACCUCUCCACAAUUUUGAAAGGCUAAUAUAACUUUAGAAUUGAAUCACGUAGUUCACAACUUUCUCCAAGUCACAGCUUUCGAAGCCAUUUGAAUGCUUCAUGAGUGAAAGUUCUUCUAUCCUAUAAAGUAGUUAUCAGGAUACAGAGACAACCAUGAAAUUCCUUUCAAGUUUCAACAUACUCCCCAAAGUAUCUACAAACCCACUUCUGUGGAAGAGCAUUGGUGUAGUGGGAAAAGCCCUGGGAAAGACUCAGAAGGGCUGGAUUCCAUUCCUGGCUUUGCCACUAACAAUUAUGUGGAUUUGGCCAAGUCCCUUCCAUCCCCUGAGCCUCAGUUUCCUCCUCAAUAAAAUGAGUGGUUGGAUUAUAUGACCUGAAUUCUCUUCCAGCUCUGAAAUCCUGUAUUUCUCUUAUAGCAAUGGAAAGCAACAUGGCUACGUCCAUGUCUGACAUGAGUUGGUGUACAUAAAAUAAAAAUGGCUUUCUGUAUAUAAGA